CGCAAAGAACUGUCAUUGCGUACUUGCAAUGCUCCGGGAUACCCAGUGUUGGUUGCCGUUUUUGAACACGUGUAAUUAAUAUUUAUAUGUAAUGGCUUCUUUACCCCCCAUGGAACUCGGCUUCUUACAGGAUACCGAGCCGUGGCGGUUGCGCAGCGAUCAGUUCCCAAGUAAAGUUGGUGGACGGCCUGCGUGGUUGGGAGAAGUGGGGUUGCCUGAACCGGACGCAUUGCAAUGUGGGGUUUGUGGGAAGCCUCUAGCCUUCCUUCUGCAGGUGUACGCCCCGUGUACCGGGAGCUUUCACCGCACCAUUUUUAUUUUUUGUUGUCGAAACGCCAGCUGUCACCAAGCAACAGAUAGCCGAUGCUUUAAAGUAUUACGGAACCAGCUUCCCAGGAAGAACGACACAUAUUCUUAUGGACCCCCAUCAGAAACAGUCCCUCCUGAGGACACCAGUGUUAUUAGAUUUCAGCUGAAGUGUGGUCUUCGUCUCUGCAGAGUUUGUGGCUGUUUGGGACCAAAGACAUGCUCAGGUUGCCAUAAUGUCAAUUACUGCAGCAAAGAGCAUCAGGUUAUGGACUGGAAAGUACAACACAAAAAAAUGUGCAAGGAACCGCCUGAUUUAUAUAGGGCCACAGUCCCAGAUUAUGGAUUUUUGUUUCCUGAGCAUGAAAUUGUUACUGAACCGGAGGAGUCAGGACCAGACAAUGGAAGUCAGGAGGAGGAUGAGAUGGAGGCAGAGGAUGAUGGAGAAACAGUAACAUCUGCUGGCAUUGGUUCUCAGAUGGAUGGUCUGUCUUUGGAUGAAAAUGAUUUAGAGUCCAUGGCAAAACAUGAAACAAAAGAUGACUUGGUGUUUAAUAGUUUCAAGAAGCGAAUUGCAUUGGAACCAGAGCAGGUGCUGAGGUACUUGCAAGAGGGGGGGAGCCACUCUGGAUUUCACAACCAUAAUAUACCAUCCAAGAAAGAUAUCCUAUGCUCAUGUGGUGCCAAAAGAAAAUUUGAAUUUCAGGUAAUGCCACAACUUCUGAAUCAUCUCAGAGUAGACAGUCUUGGAGAGAGCAUAGACUGGGGUGUCCUGGCAGUAUUCACCUGUGCAGACAAUUGUAAUGCAGAAAAGAGAUACGCACCUGAAUUCUUAUGGAAACAGGAAGUUGCUGGAGAUAAUAUAUAAAAUAUCGUUAUCUAAACUUUAAAUUGUGCCUUUUUGUGUUCGCUGUUGUGCUUUGUUGUUUAAUCAAAGCACAGGCAGUAGUUUCUAUGUUUCUGCAGUAUUUGGUUUUACACAGUUCUAAUAUAUGUAACAGUAAAUUCAUCUAGACAAUAUAUUGUUAUAUUAACAAUUAUAUAAUAAACUGCAAAACAUGCCAAAAUAUAUGUAUCAAAUAGCUUUACACCAAGUAAAAAAGCUAAAUAUUGUAUAUAUAACAUAAAAUAUGCAGUGCAAUGUGAUAAUUUAUACUGGGAAACUGUUCACCAUUAUUAGACUGCUUUUUCCCUAAUAAAGGACCAGACAAAACCGGAAA